AACUCUACUGGCUGCGACAGGCACCGGCAAACACAAACCAUAGGCCAGGCCUAUAAUGUUGAUGGAUGGACAGAGCAAGGUUAUCCAACAUUUGUCAGUUCUGUGUUUAGUCGUAGAAAUGGAGUUUGCAUGCUGUGGUUGGUGAAAUAGGUGUCCAUAUACAUGAAUUGCAUAUGCUUCCUCCAAACUUGAAAGAUAAAUUCCUGCAUUUACUGAGUAAGAGAGGACUUCUUAAUGACUCAAAUAUUUCAAAGCUUGUUCAUGACAGAACAAAGGCAUUAGAUUUUAGUGAAUGUGAUGUUACUGAUGAAUGUCUUCAGAAACUAUCUGUUUGUCGGAAUCUUCGCAAAAUCGACCUGAAUGCUACUAAAGACAAUAGGUUAACAAUAACAUCACUAGGUGUAGAAGCUGUAUCCAGGUCAUGUCCCCACUUGCAGACAAUCUAUCUGAGAAGAUGUACGCUCCUCACCGACUCCGCUAUAAUCGCCAUCGCUCAGAACUGCCGACAUGUGUUGCAGUUGAACGUAGGUGGUUGUCAGCUGAUAACUGACGCCUCUUUGAUUGCACUUGGACAAAACUCGAGGAUGUUGAGCAGUGUAAAUUUUUCCAAAACACAGGUAACUGAUGAAGGUGUUUUAAGUCUAGCCAUGGGUGUAUGCAAACAAUCACUGAAGGAAGUGCACAUGGACCACUGCUGUCACCUUACGGAUGAAGCUGUCGAGGCCAUUGUAGGCUUCUGUCCUCGGGUCUCGUUUCUGAUCUUCCAUGGAUGUCCAAAUAUAACAGAACGAUCAAGACAAGCUCUGGAAGAGUUUCGUGGACCAAAUUCACAAAUGAAGCAACUAACAUGGACAGUUUAUUGAUACUGUAUUUAAAUUUCCUUGAACACAAGUGUUUCAGGAACUAGCUAUACUUAACCUAUGAAAUUGGAUUGGUAUUACAAACAAGGUCAGAUGAAAAUAUGUAUCAAGGAUCUACUCAAUUUGUUUUCGUGAUGUUUUAUACACUAAUUAUACUGCAGAAAGUUUUUACACAAAUAUAAAUUUCUGAUCAGUUUCUCCAAGACAUUUCCGUUUUUAGUGGCAGCUAGUUCAUGAAGUUCCUGGAUGUGUUUCAGAACAAUGUAAGGAUUCUUCAUACCUACCACAUAGUGUCUUUCAUAUAUGUUUGUGUUUAUUUUUAAAGCAGAAUUCUUGCCAGUUUUAUUAUUGAAAAUGCUUUUGCAUAUAUUGUCCUUUAAUUAAUGUUUUACUGACCUCUAAUGGUACUGUAUAUGGAUCUAGCCAAAGUAGACAAAUGAUAAACAAAUGUAACAAUAUAUAGUAUGCAAGAUAUUUCAGCAUUAUAAAUGCAUAAUGCUACUUAAUAAUUAGCAUAAUCAUUGUUCUGUUUACUGUGGUUUAGGCUUCAGUUCAAAUGUAGCAGCCAAGAAUGUUAGACAUGGUGGAAUUGUCCACAACUACUACUGUAUUUCAUGAGUGAUUACAUUGACUACAUUGUGUGUAGUUUGUAGACAAAACCUUUUCUUUAUAUAUUUCGAGUAUUGGUUUGUACAGCAGAAAGAAAUUAAAGAUUAUUGUGAACCUA